CGUUGGUUUACCUGUAAAGUACAACAUAAACUAGGAAGUAGUUAGAUCAGCCGCAGUUUAUAAACGGCUUUAAUUCGUAACAGUGUUGGUUUCUUCUUACAGGUUUUACUUUUCUGAUCCAGCAGGGGUUACAGAUUUUCUUUUCGGGGGAAUUUGAAGGUUAAAGAUGAAGGAUUUUGCUGGGACACCCGGGACUUUGACUGGCCUAUUUCUAAGGAUCGCACAGUGUGUUUUUGCAGCUGGAUCAAUUGCUUCCAUGGCUACCACUACCGCUUUCGUUAAUUUUACAGCUUUCUGCUACCUGAUUGCUUCAAUGGGUUUGCAAAUUAUUUGGAGCUUUGGGCUUGCCUUCAUAGAUUCAUAUGCCUUAAUGCGAAAGAAGGUCCUUCACAAUCCUGUUUUAGUCAGCCUCUUUGUAGUAGGAGACUGGGUGACAGCUACAUUAUCUCUUGCUGCUGCUUGUGCUGCAGGCGGCAUCACAGUGCUAUAUUUUCAUGAUAUGGGACAUUGCAGUAUGACGGAGGAAUGUCAAAAAUAUCAAAUGUCAGUUGCCUUGGCCUUCCUCAGCUGGAUUACAAUUGCGAUAUCAUCUCUAAUUAUGCUUUGGAUAUUAGCUGCAGGUUAGACCUUUCGAUGUACAGCCUGUUGAUAUCUUGAAUCUCAUUGAAACUCAUCAGUCUUACUGAAAUUUUGAUUUGUUCAUAGUGUCAAUAGAAAGAAAACAAGAAUAUAGCAUUACUACA